AGGAGAGGACCACGGGGUGUCCGGACAGAGAGCACUGCGCACCGGCUCGGUCGCCAAGCAGCAAGACAGAAAACAAAGCUCAAGCAGCGGUAACACACAGCUCUACAGGAGACAAAAAAGAAAGAUCCACAUCAACCAGCGGACACUGCCAGUGAUCACCCAUCAUGCCCCGCUGCAGAGUGAGCCUCAGCACCAUGAUCUUCCUGGUGAUCCUACAGGGCGCAGCAGUGGUGCUUUUCUGCGGCUGGUAUCUCCAGCUCAGUCCCUGCGGCUCUGCUCCCUCCAACAACAAGGUUCAUGUUCUUCUGCUGUCGUCAUGGCGAUCAGGCUCAUCCUUCCUCGGUCAGGUGUUCAACCAGCACCCAUCUGUCUUCUAUCUUAUGGAGCCUGGUUGGCAUGUGUGGACCAAACUCCACAAACCCAGGGCGCGGGUGCUGCGAAUGGCCGUGAGGGAUCUGUUUCGGAGUCUGUUCCAGUGUGACUUCUCAGUGAUGGAUUCCUACCUUCCAGAGCACUACAACGUUUCCUCCUUGUUUAUGUGGAGUCACAGUCGAGCAAUGUGCUCACCGCCGGCCUGUCCUCUCACACCACGCGACCAAUUCAGCGAUGAGGCUCAGUGUUCCCGGACGUGUGAUGCCAUCGGCCUGCAGGCGGUAGAGGAGGCCUGCGGCACUUACAGUCACGUGGUGUUAAAAGAAGUGCGUUUUUUUGAGCUGGAAUCCCUCUACCCACUUCUGCAGGACCCAAGACUAGACCUCCGCAUCAUCCACCUGGUCCGAGACCCACGGGCUGUGUUGCGGUCUAGAGAGCAGUCGGCCCAUGCCUUCGUAUAUGACGACCCUACCGUCUUGGAGCAGAGAAGCAUACCAGCAGGCGAGGUGCAGUAUGAAGUCAUGCAGGAAAUCUGUCGUAGCCAUGUGCGCAUAAAUGAGAGGGCCGUCCUGAAGCCCCCUCCAUUCCUAAAAGGCCGCUACAAAAUGGUCCGCUAUGAGGAUGUGGCACGCGACCCACUCGAGGAAAUAACUGCAAUGUAUGAAUUUGCCGGUCUGGAGGCGACCUCACAGUUGGAGGAAUGGAUCUACAGAGUGACCCAUGGAAAAGGCAAAGGUGCCAGGAAAGAUGCCUUUAAAAUCACUUCACGAAAUGCCACUGAUGUGUCCCAGGCUUGGCGUACCAUGCUGCCUCACAGCAAGGUCAAACGUAUCCAGGAGGUGUGUAAAGGGGCCAUGUCGUUGCUUGGGUACAGGACUGUUAACAGUGAAAAAGAACAGAAGAGACUUGACAUAGAUCUGCUGGUGCCCCGGGAACCGUAUCAGUUCAGCUGGUUACCAGCUAAAACAGAGCAUCCAAGUAAUAGUUAAAACAUGAAUGACAAAGACAUUAUCACCAAGAGACCACACAGGACAGAGGGGCUGAUGCCAGGGCCUGAACAUACCGUAUCCCAUAAAUUUGGAGCUAAACUGGAAAACAGAAACCAGAUUCACUAAGAUUUGCUGACAUUAUGUUGUUCCCUAUACAGAGGCUUCUCUGUAUAAACCAACCAUCUCCUGAUGCUCCGAGCUACACAUCAGCAGUCAUGUCUGGCUCAUGCGCAACAGUUGUGGGUUGCAAAAUGUUUUUAUACAAGCCUCACUCUUGAUUUGCCACACAUGUAAAAAAUUUAGUUGGAAACAUUAGGGAGUUGACAGAUAAUUAAAUCCUCUGAACACAAAAGAGGCUUUGUUUUUUAAAAACCAGCACUCAUAAGUAGCUUUCUACUUUGUCUGCAGAGUUUGUGAAACGUGUGGACUCAUUUUGGUGGUAGAGUGCACUGUCCCCUGUACAUAGUGAAUCUGGGCCUGGGUUUUGCACAGUGCAAGCAUUCUGGUGGUGACAGACAGUCACAUCAGGGGAGGUAAGGAAGCCAGAAAACUGCACAAGUUUGCUUUUAGCUUGAUGUGCUGAAUUUGAAUCAGCAAAACAACUGUAGCUUCAGGCUGUAGAUACUUCACUUUUCCCUAAAUUAAUCUCAGAUCACUGGAAUCAAAGUUAAGGUCUCCCCUUACAGAAAAAUCAUCAGGAAUUUCACAUGUGAUCACAUGUGCACAUGGGAACAUUGUCAUGGUGUAAUGUGUGAAGCCCAUGUAGAGUCAAU